CUAACUUCGUUGAACGUUUUAAAUGCAUAUAAAAGUCGCAACUGAAAACGAUAAAUGUAUUCUUUCUUUAACUCUAUCCUAAAACACUCAAAAAUAAUGUCAACCACAACUCUUCUGUUUGUCUGCGCACAAAUAUGUGUUAUUCAGAUUGCAUGUGGGCAAUAUGUAGGUACUGGACUUGGAGUGGGCCUUGCCCCGACUAUUGGUGCCGAAUAUGAGCUCGGCUGCGGGCCCGCGCUCGCCGAAGAAGUGGCUUACGCUCCAGGCCUAGCCCCCAGUCUUCUCGGUCCUGGACCCUAUGGAUAUGGCCCCGCUGGUCCGGCAGCGUUUGCUGGCCCGAUGCCAUACGGUCCCGCCGCGGCGUACGGCGUAGGCCCGGCGUACGGCGUGGGCCCGGCGUACGGCGUCGGCCCCGCGUACGGCGGCGCCGGCGUGGGUGACGUGGCCGUCGCCGGAGAGAUGCCGGUCGCCGGCACCACUCUAGUUGCUGGGCAAGUGCCAAUCCUUGGAGCUGUGCAGUUCGCCGGCGAUGUGCCUGCUGGCGGUGUUGUUACUAUAGCUGGCCGGUGCGGUUGCGGUUGCGGUGCUCCUUACAUGUACUAAUAGAAUAUUUUAAAUAGA